UAAGAUAGUAAGCCUCUUUUUGAUAUAAAAGUUUUUCAUAGUCAUUUCCCAUACUGUAUAUGUUCUCUUAUUUGAGAUCAUAUAAAUUGUACAGUCAUUUAUUUGAAUACAGAAAAAUUGCAAAAGGUCACAAUACUUUGCAAGUGAAUAUUCCUCCCCAUAAUAUGGAAUCUGCCCACACUUUUCUCAUUAUAUGUCUGGUACUUUAUGUGACCUGUGACAGGUGGACAUAGACAUUGGGGAGGAUGUCAUUGUCAAUCUAUUGUUUAGUAAAAUAAUUAUGCAUUUUACUAGAUUUAUAGUACAUGCGGGUUUUUAAUAUUUUCUUUUACUCCUUAGUGGGUUGACUUUAGUAACCUUCUUCAGAAACCAUUAGUGUAGACCUUAAAUUUGGGAGCAGACACUGAUCACAGAGAACCAGACCUUCACGUGCCCUGAGCUUCAUUGAAAGAGCUAGAGUUGGACCUGGGAGAGGAAGCAGAUCUUCCUUUACAGAAAUCAUGAUUUACAGCAGAUUUAAGAGACCUUAGUGUUAUUUUGGGUAAUUUUUGUAGUUGCACUUUUAGAUAAGAAUUAAGCAAGUGAAUCAGAGAGAGAACUUAGCCAAAGAAUAAAUUUGCUUAAAUUGACUGAGCCAUCUGUUUUGGUAGACAAACUGUUACUCAUUGUUGACCUAAAUUUUAACCCGACUGAAGAUGAAGUUUAAAAUUCACCGUAAGUUUAAAGACAAAGGAUAAAUUAUCCUGAUUAAAUUCUAGCAAUAAAGUAGCCAGGUAUUGUAAAUUUAAUGUAUUAUUGAAAACUAAUUACUUCCAUAGCUUUAGUAAAGUUUUUUAACCAUUUGUCAACAAGGAAUUUCAAUAUAGUUAUUCUUCAGUAUAUGGACAAUUUACACAUUGGGAUUUCUGAUCUCUUCCUCUGAAGACAUAGGAAUAAUUCUUGAGUGCUCUAGCACAGUACCUAGCAUUGCAUUUCUAGUAAAUGUGUGUUGUAUUAAACACACAUUUGAGAGCUUUGAGCGAGAAAUAGUCCCUGAACGUUUAGGAUUAGUGCUAAGUCAGGGAAUUUGGCCUGUCCAUGGUUAUCCCCUCUUAAUCUGUAAUUAGUUCUUAUGGGGACAAUGUAGUAAAUUAUGACUAAAUUAACAGACUAAUAUGGAUUAAUGCUAAGUACCAAAGUUUUUUGUUUUUAAUUAAGUUUAUUUUCUUGUUACUGAGUGUUUUUUUUUUUUUUUAACGUUUAUUCAUUUUUGAGAGAGAGAGUGCGGGAUGGGACAGGAGUGGGGGGAAACCACCACAGGGCUUGAACCCACGAACCAUGAGAUCAUGACCUGAGUUGAACUCAGAUGCUCAACUGACUGAGCCAUUCAGGCACCCCAGUACCAAAGUCUUCUUGAAAAUUCUGGAGCAUACCUAAUAUUUGUAAAAUUGCAUGUGGAAAAUUGUUAACUUAUAAAUGGAACUUUGAAACUAGGCAUAUUAAUAACUUUGGACUACCUGUGGAGUGAUUACAAUUGAGUUCAGUUUUUUUCUUAACACAGAGUUUGACUUAAGGAGAGGAAAGAUUUAUGAUACACUAACUGUAGUUCUCCUGAAUAAUUGGUAUACAUGUGGGUUUGGGAAAUUGUGUGUUUUGAAGCUGAAUACAUUUCCUUCUUUGCUUGGGGUUCUAAGAGAUUAUGAACUAGGUUUCUGUAUAGUCCCUUUUGUUUUUAUAUUGGUCAAUUCUGUUAACUUAGUGAAAUGAAAUGAGGUUAAAAAAUUCUGAGGAUGUCACUGACUUAUACAUGCACAAUGUUGUAAAAGUUCUUUUAAAAGUUGGUUUGUUUAGAAAUUUUAGAAUGUUUGUGAAAAGGUCUGUUCUGUAGUCUAUGAUGGUAAUAAAGUUCCCAUUAAUAGCCAUGGUGGUUUGGUAGGUGGCAUGGUGUUGGGAGCCCAAUACACAUAAUCUCAUUUAAUACUUAUAAUAACCUUGUUUAAAUACUGUUUACCAUUACCAAAUACCAAAUGCGACUUGGAAUAGUUAUUAUUCUUUAUUUUAUAGAUAAGGAAACUGAAGAUCAGAGGCUGAAAAAGCAACAGUGUAGAUUUGAUGGCCAAGAAACCAAAGGAUCUAAGUUCAUUACCUCCAGUGCAAGUGAUUUCAGUGACCCAGUUUACAAAGAGAUUGCUAUUACGAAUGGAUGCAUUAAUAGAAUGAGUAAGGAAGAACUCAGAGCUAAGCUUUCAGAAUUCAAGCUUGAAACCAGAGGAGUAAAGGAUGUGCUAAAGAAAAGGCUGAAAAACUAUUACAAGAAGCAGAAGCUGAUGUUGAAAGAGGGCAAUUGUGCUGACAGUUACUAUGACUACAUUUGUAUCAUUGAUUUUGAAGCCACUUGUGAAGAGGGUAACCCACCUGAGUUUAUACAUGAAAUAAUUGAAUUUCCUGUGGUUUUACUGAAUACCCAUACCUUAGAAAUAGAAGAUACAUUUCAGCAGUAUGUGAGACCAGAGAUUAACACCCAACUUUCUGAUUUCUGCAUCAACCUAACUGGGAUUACUCAGGAUCAGGUAGACAGAGCUGAUACCUUCCCUCAGGUACUAAAAAAAGUAAUUGACUGGAUGAAAUCGAAGGAGUUAGGAACAAAGUAUAAAUAUUGCAUAUUGACAGAUGGUUCGUGGGAUAUGAGUAAGUUCCUGAACAUUCAGUGCCGGCUAAGCAGGCUCAAAUAUCCUCCUUUUGCUAAAAAGUGGAUCAAUAUUCGAAAGUCAUAUGGGAACUUUUACAAGGUUCCUAGAAGCCAAACCAAAUUAACAAUAAUGCUUGAAAAGCUAGGAAUGGAUUAUGAUGGGAGGCCUCACAGUGGUCUUGACGACUCUAAGAACAUUGCCCGAAUAGCAGUUCGAAUGCUUCAAGAUGGAUGUGAACUCCGAAUUAAUGAGAAAAUGCAUGCAGGACAGCUAAUGAGUGUGUCUUCUUCGUUGCCAAUAGAGGGCACUCCAGCUCCACAAAUGCCACAUUCUAGAAAAUAACAACAUUUUUGCCCUUUGCCCAUGGAUCAUUCACUCUAACUGGAGUUGCUACAAAGAGGUAGCAGAUGAAUACUUAUUGAAUUAGUCAUGCAGUGCAAAAUUUGAGCACCUUAAACAUUUAAACUCUUACUACAGUUACAGUUAUAUAUAAAUGUAUGUGAACAGAUUCUGUGGAGAGGGCGUAUUGAAUUUUUUUUGUCACCAGCACUUUUAAUAUGAGCAGUAUUUGUUACACAGUAACAGUUCCUGCUUAGAAGUGAAUUUUGUAAUUUAACGUGUCCAAGAUGUGUCCCUUUUGGUUUUAAAAUGCGAACGCUUUAUUGGCUCUUCCCUUGAAUGUCCUAUCUUACUGAUGUUAAAAUAUAUAAUGUAUUUCUACAUUAACAUCAUUAGAUCAAGUCAUUUCUUACAGUGCAGAAAAGAUUGGAAGGCCUUAUCUAGCCUUUGGGUUUUAAGAAUAUCAUAGUCCUUUUGAUUUUUGAAAUCUAUAUGUGAAGUUCACUUGUGCAUAGUGAAUUUCAUAAGGUACUUGGUACACAUACCUGCCCACAUUUCUCUUCAGUUUAUAAUUGGAAGACUUGUGUGUUAGAUUAUAGGGCCUUGUUAAAAGUUCAGUUACUGGUGAGAUUAAUGGAAAGUCAGAGGAAAAUACCAUUUAAAAGAGUUUAAGGGCUGUACCUCAAACUUUGUAACAUAUAAACAUACCAGUGGGCUUUUUUUAACUUGGUUUUUUGGUUCCCCUCCCUCUUGUGACAUAUAUCUGCCCUAAUUCUUAAAUCUAAAAGACCAUGCUUUGAAAUAGACUAAAAAUAAGGGUCACCACUUAAUUUUGCAUUUGUAUUCAACACUAUGAGUAAGGUUAAUAAAGUCA